GCAUUACGAUCGCAUGAAAUACACAGAUUUAUCUACAUAACUACAAUAUUAUUAUAUAUUAAAUAUUAAUUUAUAUACUUGUGUUAAGUGAGUGUAUCUGAGUGUUUUGGCUAUAGUAUACAAGACUCUCAUAUAUAAAGUACACCAUAUAUACAGUACAAUGAUAUACCAAUUGGAGAAAGUAAAGCAAAAUACACUGAAAGAGUGCGAUAUAAGUAAAUUGACAGGCCUAUGGUAUGCCGUUUAUAGUAAAACACCGGCACCACAGCCGAUUUGUAUGGAGUUAAACAAAGUUAGCGAACAUUCGUUACAAUUCAAACAUAUAAUUAACGGAGUGGUGGAUCACACGUAUGAUUUGGUACAAAAUUACGACACACUGCAGGGUAAAUUGGACCGGGUGAUAGACCGUGGUGACUAUCAAUUAGGCUACCCGUGGUGGGUGUUGCACACCGACUACGAUCAGUUUUUGGUCGUAUACCAGUGCCUUAUACACAGUGAUGAUCCAAAUGAUCCAAACGCUUCCGAAGACGUGUGGACAAUCUAUAGCCGCUCGAAGACAAUCACUGGCGACCAGUUGACGAUCGGUCGGGAAGUGUUGCUCAAGUCUGGGGCCAAACCCACCGCCGAUGACCAGCAGGAGAUACUGUUCAAAAUGUAUACAUUGAUUGUCAUUCCAUUGCACACAGGCCAACAGUCGGUCUAUCCCUACCAUAAGCCGGCGAGUAAGGCAUUGAGAGAGUUGGACCUGAAAUCGUUGGAGGGCGAAUGGUAUGGUGUGUAUCACCGGAAUGCCAAAGAAGUGAACGGUUCCUGUCCUCGACUAGAGAUCUUUGUGGGCAAUGGUUAUGUGAAUGUGACCGAGAGCCGUGGAAACAACACAGUGUUUGUACAGAAAAUGGAGCAAAACCAGUACUUAAAGGGCAAAAUAAGCCAGGUGAUCCAAUUGCCCGAGGGCUACUCGGUGGAGAGACCAUGGUUCAUUCAGCAAGUGGACCCGGUGCUGGUCAUAUACCAGGUGACUACCGGUAGUAGCGAUACAGAUAACUGGUCUGUUUAUAGUAGAAACCAAACGCUGAGCACAACUAUCGUGGAAAGUGGGGCACAAAGACUGGUAGAGGCCGGCGCUGUCCGCGACAUCAAUGGUAAUGUGGGCUAUCAUUGCUCGGAUUGA